AUGGAGAAUGAGGGCUAUGAUCCAAUGCGGUGGCUCAACGAUCGGGGAUACGAUGCUUGGAUUCUCGAGUACACUGUGGCUGGAUCGAGUAGCAUUCGUCCGAUCUACCCCAAACCGCAAGAGGAAGCUCUCGAAGCGGUACGUCAAAUACGUGCCCAGGAUCGGGUCCGCAUACUCGGCAUCUGGGGUUGGUCAGCUGGGGGACAUCUCGCAGCCGUAACCGCGACUAGCCCAGCAGCAGCUCUUGACUUUGCCAUCUUGGCCUAUCCAGUUAUAUCGAUGGAGCCUGGUACCGCGCACAUGGGGUCGAUGAGGAACCUGAUCGGGGAGGAUGCCCAACCUGAGAUACGUCAUCAAAUGUCGGCUCAGACCAGGGUUACAAGCGAGACACCGCCAACCUUUAUAUUCCAUACAGCCAACGAUGACAGCGUAUCGGUCCAAAACUCGUUACUCUUCGCAGCUUCCAUGGCCGCCCAUCGAUGCCCGUUCGAGAUCCUUAUCCUUCCUAGUGGACCGCAUGGUGUCGGCCUAGCGUUAAACGAUCUCAAGACUAGCUGGACGGAAGAGCUUUACCGCUGGCUUCAAAAUCAUACACCAAAGCCGUAA